AUGCCGAACCAGGCUGAUUUCAAUUUUUACGCGGUGCAGGCAGCGAUCCUGUUUUUUUUGAUUUGGUGGUUCUUUGCGCCCAUUCAAAAAUGGGCUUUGGCAAGGUACCAGAUUGCCCAUGCUGCAUAUUUGAAGGUCUCAGAUCGAAGAAAACGGCUUGAAACCCACCGAGACCUCGAUUUGAAACCACAUGAUGAAGGACAAUGUCUUGAGGAAAUGGAGGUUGAAUUUGAUAAGAAGCAAGAACACCUCGCAGGCCAAAGCGCGCGUCAAAGAAAAGGCAAACAUGCAAAAAUGCAGGAACUUUCGGCAGCAAAAUUGCUUGAAACUGUAGUUUCAUCGGACUCUGCGUCCAGCGAGGAGGUGGAAGUCCACGAUGAUUGCGGCCAUCACGGCCAUCAUGAUCAAGAUGAGAGUCAUCAAGGAGCGAAAGGGUCACUGCUCUCCAGGAGUUCAGAGGUGUCCAUCAUGCACGAACUGCGACCUGGAAAGGCUGAUCAGGCUGCAUUAGAUGCUGUUAGAAUGCUGUCCUUUGAGCUUUUCGAGUGCGAUGUGUGGGAAGUCAUCUCCAAGAAGAAUCGCUUGAAGGUUUCAAGCUGUUUGAGAUGGACAGGUUGUGACUGGAAGGCUAUUGGCUUGGUUCUGUACAGAAUCCAGCAGCAUGUGCUUCAGGUGGUCUAUGUUGGGGUGUCAAUAGAGUGCCGACGGCAACAUGUUGGCCGUGCUUUGGUGAAAUCCGUGAAAGAACUGUCCAGGAAAGACCUGAGCUGUUCAAGUGCGGUGGCAGUGAUCCAGAAGCAUAUAUCUCCAGAGGCAGUGAUGUUCUUUAGAGCGGUCGGCUUCAAAAAGGAGGAGCUCAAAGGAGGAGAUGGGGAGAAGGUUUUCUUGCGGAUGGAAAUUAAAAGACAGGGUAAGCGUUUGCAACUCAGAACCAGAUCACAGAACCCACGCAACUUUCUAAACAUGAAUUCAAAGGAAUUUAAAGGAAUUUUAGCAGUUCUAUACUGA